CGGCCACUUGCCGUGAGCCCAGGCAGCGGGUGGCGGGCGGAGAGAGUCUUCCUCCCGCCCCAACCCACCGCUAAAGAUGAGCGGAGCGGCGCGCGUUUGCAGCGCUUACUCCAACGCGGAGGAGCUGAUGGCAAGUUUCAGGUGUCCGAGGAAGACGGACGACGUGGGAAAGGUUUACUGCUGCGGGUUCUCCGAUCUCAAGUACUGCUGCGAUGAGGCGGGCAACUAUUUCCCUUACCCGCAUAGCUACAUGUGGUCGCUGAGUAUAGGUGCGAUGGUGGGAUUAGGAGUUGCUGCCCUUCUUCUGCUGGUAUUUGUCAUUAGUGCUUUUGCGAUGUGUUGUUUAUUUCUCUACAAUAAACCACAAAGAUUAGAUUCUGGCCUCAAGCUUCAAAGCCUCACAACAUCUCCAUCACACAAGCGGACAAACAAACAUGGAAUUUUGGAAACAACAUUACAGCCGUCAGCGGCAGCUGCCCCAUCACUGAUCACAAAUGAAAUUACUGAAGAGAAACUGUUAGCAACAGUAGUAGAGACUGAUAUUGCAGCAACAAAACUCUCAUCAGUUUGUACAAGUAAAAUAGGCAGGUACUAAAUUUAAAAACAAAUGUUAAUUCCACUUAAUUAACAGAAAAUAUACCAUAAUCUAUAUACAAAAAUGAUAAAUGUGGCAAGUAUAUGAAAUGUGUGCAGCUCUAACAACAAAAGCAUAAUCUUUAAAAU